GUGACAUGGUGCACACCGGACUAUGCAAUAGUUUCCCGUUUCCCUUUCUACAAAUAGUGGGUCCUUCUGUAGCCAUUUCGAUUGACUAAAUUGACCGUCUACGACCAUUACUCCAAUUUCCUUACAGUUCAAACCUAUGUCACAUCCAAUCCAAGGAGUAGUUCAUUUAUGAGGGAUUGAGGAUAAUGGGUUUCAUUUAAUUCUCUCAUUAUGAUCCUUGGGCUGUCCUUAAUCUGGGUUUUAAAAAUUGAGUGCUUUGAACUUCUUCCUUGAUGUGGUGAUUGUCUUGAGAAGGGCAUGUGGAAACUCUUGCUGGACUGAGUGUGUUCGUACUUUAGGGUUAUACAGUGACAGGUAUUCUAAGAGGAUAUAAUUGAUAGAGAAAUGGCUGAUGUGAGGGGAGUAAAUAAUAUGUCAGUGGAGGUUGCUGUUCAAAGAGAGCUGGCAUACAGGAGGAAGGUGGCCAUGUUGCAAUCACCUUCCAAUUCCAACUUCUACAGGGACAUUAUACCAAUGGAGGUUAAAUCUUCAAGUUCAGGUCCUAGUCCAAGUCCUAACCCAAUGCCAAAUUCAGCUUCAACUGCUAGGCUUUCAGGAAUAAAACGGAAAGCCCUAACAAACAGCCUUGAAUUACUGACAGCUCCACAGCCACAAGAACUAGAGAAUCGGAUGGAUCGAUUUUUUUGCAAGGUUUGCCAAGUGCCAUGUUCGGGUUAUAUUAGUUUCCAGCAGCACAUAGAAGGUAAAAAACACAAGUUAAAAAUGCGGGAGCUGAAAUUUUGUAAGAAAGAAAAGCCCUAUGAGGUAGGAAAUCAGCGACUCUGGUGUGGGUUCUGUAAAAUUUGGUGCACGAAUGAAUAUGAGCUCAAGGCACACUUGGAAGGUCAAAAGCACAAGAAUGUACUUUCCAAGGUGGAAAGUGGUUGGAAAAAUGGUGGGGAGAUAACAAUAGCACCAAACAGGUGCAAAUUGUGUAAUAUUGUGCCCUGAUGGGCAGUCACUUUGAUGCACUUCAAUGGAAAAAAACCAUAAGGCUGAACUACAAUAGUUGGAGAGUGCUAGGAAAGGAACUAGUGAGAGUAGCAACGGAGCAAUAUCAGUGUGAAUUGUGAAAAUUUUGCUGAACCCAGGCAACACGGCUGAAUCCAGGCGCUAACUUUGCUGUAGUAAAUGCAUGCAUGGUAAGCAGGGUAUGAAUUUAGUUUAAGUGUUGCAUCCGAAAUGGUUUAAUCUUGUCCUUUAGGAUUUUCUGAACCUGUAAUUCGGUUUGCUUGUAAAUUUGACUGCUUUGGGCAACUGCUGAACUGAGCUCUGAUUUCAAGUCUUAUGUGCACGGUGUCAAGCACCCCCGUUGUAUCCUUGAACUCGAUGUGAACUCAUUCCAUUUCUGCAUCCAUGGUCACUGUCCUUGAUAAAUCAUAUGGGAGGGAAUUAAGUUAGUGGAUGCUUUCGAGUUAACCAUAAACAUAAACAUGUUUGGUUGCUGGGUUGAAGCUGUUGCCCUUUGAUUAGCCUCCUAGCUAUUUGCAAGAUUUCCAAUUCCAAUUUGCAUCACAGUCAUCAUCAUGAUAAAGAAACUGAUAUGUUUCUAGAGCCUUUUUUACAAGGCAAAACAAGAGGGGGGGGACCCCUCAGUGUAGUGCUGCGGCUAUCAGUUUGAUGGUGGACUUUGCACGCAUGGAUCAAGUUGCCAAAUUCAUUUGGUUAGGGCCUAUUUGAAGGGUAUCCCAACACCUGCUCCAACAUUUCCCUUGAGAAAAUUUAUAUUCUCGGGAUACGCCAACAGGCUUAGACAUAUACCAAUAGGCACGCAUUAAAGUUUCUCCCAUGAAGGGAGCAAAUGGUUCCGUAACUCUGCAAUAUAUGACCAAACUCGAGAUAGAGUCAGGAUUGCAUAGUAGAGGUAAAAAAGGCAGCCAUAGUAUAUUAGAGUGCCCUUUAUCUAUAUAUAGACAUACAUGACUCACAAACACACACAUGAACACAACCCCGUGUUUUUUGUGAGCUCAUUGGCCCCUUGGGAUUAGAAUGUCGAAAAUUGUCCACACUGGAAUCGCAAUUUCAGGGAUUGGUGCCUGACCCAUGAUGCUUAUUUUGUCCAUAUUUACACCAAAUUUCCAUGGUCCCUUAUAGCACAGCAUGUUUAAGAUUCGCCAUAUUUUUUAUCAUGCAUUAUCAUCUUUGGUUGAGUCCAAAAGUGCCUAGCCAGGGAACUAAGCUAAGCUAGAUUCUUAGAAGAGGUUAAAAAGCCCUGAUGGUAAUCCUGGGGAAGAAUUUUGAGGCAGGUGAGGUGAAUAAGUGAUAUCAAGUCAUGGGUGGAGGAAAAGAUAUGGAGACAUCUUUGCCAUACUUCACAUGACUUCUGUUGGCUAGGAACACUCAAGUGCUUCUCCACUAGCACGAUAGUGCAGUUUUAGUUCCUAAAAAGAGAGCCAAUGAAACAAAUAAUAAAACCAAAAAAAGAAAAGGAAAAGGAAAAGAAAAUCAAACCCCUCCCUCCAUCUGCCGCCUCUCUCUCCCCCUGCUUUCUUUAAAUUUGGACAUGCAUGAGCUGAAAGUGAAACAUAGCCAACAGAAGAAGAUCGAGGAAGAGUUAUGGAGAGCUCAUGUGAGUAUGCAAGAAAAUAUUCCACGGAUGUUUCCCUUCAAGAACUGAGAGAUAGGCUUGCAGAGUUUGCUGAGGUUAGAGGAUGGGAGCAAUAUCACAGUCCUAGAAAUCUCCUAUUAGCCCUAGUGGGAGAGGUUGGAGAGCUCUCAGAGAUAUUCCAAUGGAAAGGAGAGGUUGCAAAAGGGUUACCCAACUGGAGUUCUAGUGAUAAGGAGCAUCUAGAGGAAGAGCUCUCAGAUGUUCUGCUCUAUCUUAUUCGUCUUGCUGAUGUUUGUGGCCUUGAUCUUGGCCAGGCUGCAUUAACAAAGAUUGUUAAAAAUGCCAGGAAAUACCCAGUUGCUGCUCAUCAAACUACUUGAUCUUCCCACCUUUCAACUACAAAUAUAUAUCAAGUUUUGUACCCUUCUUCUCUAGACAAUAAUUUCUCUUUAUUUUCAAUGCAUCUUAUAUAUUGUAAUUAAGACUUAGUUGAGUUUUAGUUAAUUAUAUCGAACUCUUCCAUGAUCCAUCUAUUUCAAAAUAAAGAACAAGUAAUUAGUUGAGUUUGUACUA